CAUUAAAAAUUUCAGGUAAAUAUUUCUCUAGAUCCAAUCAAUCUUCAAUUGCUGGCAGUAAUUCCAAGCAAUGAAAUACCUUAGUUCCUGUUACGUCAAACAUUCAGAUCUCCACUUUCGAUUGUUUUUCGCAUUUUUUCAAAAACGUAAUGGCCGACGCAUGACAUACCCCGGUUUUUUCACUCACUCUCCAGUAACCGACAGGUAGAACAGAUAGUUCAAAAUUCUAGUUGCUUAAAUUGAGCUGCAAAAAAAUUAUUGAAAAUUGGGGUGAAAAUUGCCAAAUGAAUCAAUGAGGAGAUUUUGGUAUGGCAACGAGACUGAGCUCACUGAGCCCAAGAAACUCGGAGAUAAGUGCUCUUGAGGAACGAGGGUACCUCAUCGGGAAGAAGAUUGGACAGGGAUCCUAUGCCACCGUACACCUCGCUGAAUAUGUUGCUGGCAGUGGAACGAAGAAAAUGCGCCUCGCGUGCAAAAUAUUCGACAGAGAAAAAGCACCGAGUGAUUUCCUCGAUAAAUUCUUCCCACGAGAACUCGAGAUCCUAACGAAAAUCGAAAAUCCUCACAUCAUACAAGUCCACAGUAUCCUCCAACGUGGCCCCAGAGUCUUCAUCUUCAUGCGUUGUGCCGACAACGGUGAUCUCCUAGACUACGUCCUCCGUCACAAACUGGUCCCCGAGCAGCAGUCCCAGACGUGGUUCCGUCAGAUGGCCUCGGGUCUUCACUACCUCCACUCCAAGAACAUCGCGCACCGCGAUCUCAAGUGUGAGAAUAUUCUCCUGUCCCACAAGUUCCACGUGAAGCUCGCGGACUUUGGUUUUGCCCGUUUCUGCGUUGACUCGGAGAAUCGCAGGAUUCUGAGUCACACGUACUGCGGCUCUGCUGCCUAUGCAGCACCGGAAAUUGUCUCUGGUACUCCGUACAAUCCAAAAUUGGCGGACGUCUGGUCACUCGGAAUUAUUCUGUACAUAAUGUUAAACGGGAGGAUGCCCUUCAACGACGAAAAUCCCACGAAAUUACUUCGCGAUCAGAUGUCCAAGAACUGGGUCUUCAGAUCACGGAUCCAGGAAACUGUCUCGUCAACGGCUAAAAACGUUGUACGUCAUAUCCUUGAGCCGGAUAUUACUCAGAGGUUCACCCUUGAUAAGGUGCUAUCGCACGAGUGGGUGCGGGGCAAAAGGGAUAAAUUGUCGAAUGGGAGUAAGAGCGUAUAUUCGGCUCAGCCGACGCAGGUGAUGGGGAUGAGACUCUUCAAAAAUGGAGAGAAAUUGCAGGAGAACGGUGGAAAGUCCUCCAAGGAAAUGGCCGUCAGUGAGAACUCCCAGAAAAGAGAAAGCAAAGUCUAAAAAUACAACUAUUUUUGAAAUUUAAUUUUUUGAUGGAUAAUAAAAUAAAGAACUCAAUUUUUGAAAGGUAAGAUGAUUCAGUCCACUUCAUUGAUAGAUUAUUGGUUUAAAAGAAAUGAAAAGAAUAAUCAAUUCCAAGGUCGCGGAUAUUAUUUACAGGUUCAUAAAUGAACAAAUGAGAAUAAUUAAUUAAUUCUGUUAAAUUGACGAAUUA